GAAGAAAGAGGAAGAGAAGGGCGGCCCCGGACGACCCCGGUAUUAAGCUACAGAUCUGAGAUGAAAAGGGAACAGUGCAUGCCGCAGGGUGAUCAAGAACCCCGGUACCUGCUGGAGCCAGCAGGGCCGAGGAGGAGAGUGGGCCCUCAUGGCCUCCUCCCCCGCCAGGACGGUGGAGGAGGACCCCAGGGGGUGCCGCCCCCCAGGAUCCCCCUGGGCAAGAACAAGAGGGGUUAUAACCCCCAUGUUGAGGACCGGGAGUCAGAGUACCUCUAAGGAUCGACUUAGGAGAUGGAGGAGGAGGAGGAGGAGUGGGAGGAGAGUGACUUCUGGAGUGGAGGAGGGAGUGAGGAGGACAUGGAGGACAUGGAGGACACGGAGGACGACUACCUCUCUGAGGGCCAGGAGUCCACCUCCAGUUAUGGCACCCCUAGGGACGCCAGGCCGCGCCUGGCCCUCACUCGGCCUCCAGACCCCAACGUCCUGUGGCCAGUCUGGCUCCAGGACCGGGAAGGUCAUCCUCCGCUGGACCUGCAGAACUCCUCCGACGACCUGUUGUUGCCGUCCCGGGCAAAACAUACGCUAACGGGCCGUGGGCACCAUGAGGUCCUCCGGCACUUUCGAACUCUGGUUCGCCUCUCCCCGGCCCGCUUCGAGGACUUCUGCGCCACCCUCAUAGCCGAGGACCAGUCGGCCCUCUUGGCCGAGGUCCACAUGGCCCUCCUCAGGGCCCUCAUCAGGGAAGAGGACUCCCAGCAGACCCACUUUGGGCCCCUAGACCAGAAGGACUCCAUCAAUGUCGUUUUGUAUUUCAUCGAUGCUCUGACCUGGCCGGAGGCCCUGAGGCUCUACCUCCAGAGUGACCCGGAGUUCUCCUCCACCCUGGCCAUCCUCGACGCUUGCAAUUAUCCUUUCACUACCCUGGAGAACAGAGAAUCGGAGGAUGGCGAGAUCUGGUACUACUCAACGCGGGCGCAGCUGGAGGAGGUGAUGAGUCUCCUGGAUGCGGCAGACCUGGAGGAGGAGCUGUGUCAUGCCCUCCAAGAUGUCAUAUCUGAGCUGAAGCGCCACAUGUCACUGACAGAAAUGGUGACGGAGGAGAACCAAGGUAGCCGCAAGUCCUGCCUCCAGGUGCAAGACGAGGAAGUGAAGAAGAGGAUGACAGAGCGCCAGAAACUAAGAGUGAAGAAAGAACAAGAAGGAAUUGAUCAGCUUAUUGAGGAGAUAAAAGAGGAAGAUGUGAAAAGUGAGGUUAAAGAGGAAGAAGGAGAAGCGGGAGGAGAAGAGAAGUUAAAGAAGGAAGAUGACGUAACGAAGGAAGAUGGACACGUGUCCAGUCUGGACCCGGUCACCGGGGAGCUGUCCAAGACCUCAACCACCGGUCCCAGACCGGCCCCGGACACCAGCCUGGAGGUGAAGGAAGAGGAUGAGGUGGAGGUGAAGGAGGAGGAGGUGGAGGCUGAGGCCAAGACUGAGGUGGCGGAGAGUGGCAUCAAGACCAGGACCAAGACCGGCACUUUGAUACCCAAGCAGUUCGCCGUGGACGACUUGAGGCGCCGGCUGCCUGUGGAUGCCACCGCCAGGGACGACGCCAGGAAGGCUGCAGCAGCGGCGGCGGAUGACGCCCAGAAGAUCACUCAGAGCAAGUUGGCACAACUGCAGAGUACUGCUGAGGUGUACCGGCUGGGUUGUGAUGGCAAGUAUAAGAACUAUAUGAACCAGUAUUCUUGCAACACUCUGGCACUCAACAAACUGCAACACAACGAAGAGAGAGACAAGAAGCGCCAUCUGUCACACAAGUUCAGUCUAACACCUAAUGCUGAGUUUAAAUGGAACGGUGUCUUGUUCGGCAACAAAGAAUCAUUGAUCUCCACACUACGGCACACGAUCCUGGCGCUGGAACAGAACGUGUCGGUGCACUUGUUCCACCCUCACUGGCCGAGCAUCCGCAAGUCCUGGAACAGUGCAGUGAUGGCAUCGACGGAACCUCGCCACUUCUCCAAGGUGUUGUUGUGGCUGGUUGCAUGUGUCAAGCCGGUCGUUCUGAACCCAGUGUGGCACGACUCUCUUGGCCAUGUCAGAUUUAAGAGAGUGACAGCUUUAGAAAGAGAAGAGAAGAAGAAACAAGAGAAGAGAGACAAGAAGGAUGCAGAACAAGAGGAACCUCGACCAAUGACCAUCAUCAAGUAUACUCUUGGUCUGAAACACCAGGUGUGGAAGUUGAAGGGUGAGGAGUACCGGGUCCAUGGCAUGUGGGGCUGGCAGUGGUGUUCGGUGCACCGCCGUGCACCACACUUGCCUAUGUGCACCGUGGGCCUGCGUGCCGGUGGUGACAAGUACAUGGUGCCCAUCAAGGCAGCAACAGGGCUCAAGAGCCUCUCUGUGAACCCCGCCGUGUACAAGCAACUGGCAUCCAAGACGCCGUCACUCCGGCCCUCACUACUCUCUCCCCGACAACAACUGCAGGCAGCAGCAGCAGCAACGACGCAGGCAACACAAGAGGAAAAGAAGAAUGAAAUUAUUAUUGCAAGCUCAAGCGGUCAGCAGAAAGUUGAAGUUGGAGUGGUCAACCUGGAAGACCACUUCGAGGACGGUCUCAUCAACGUGUCCCGGGCGUUGACAUCACGCUCUCGCUUCGUCUACCCCAAGGUGGCCAAGGCUUCGUCACUUGACGCCUUGCUGAGUCGACGUAUUGCUCUCCGUACCAUGGAAGAGAAGGAUUUAGCAAGUAAGAAGUCUCUUGGCUGUGAAUUAAAGCGGGAUUCUGACGAUGGUGGCGACAUCGAUGUUGAGAACGACGACUCUGACGCCACACUGAGCGACAACUCUGACCACGAGAACAUUGACGAGAUCCCCGAUUCCCAGAGGUCGACGAUCCACAAGCAGCGACCCGCCGGCAACCUCUUGAGAGAAGUGCGGUCGUUGAAGGUCAAGUACGAGGCGUUGGACGAUCUGGAUGCCAGUUACGUGUGUUACUCGGUGGUGUGUCGAAGUAGCGGUCGGUGUCAUUGUUACUCUCCUUUGUGCCUGCUGAAAACUAAGACAAAAGACAAACUAAUUAACAGUGUUAAGAAUUAUAGAAUUGUGACUAGUAAACGAGCGCCGUUUGACGAGGUGGGUGGCCACAGUCCCGUCAGAUUGACAGACGGCGAGAGUGUGUGUAAAGCAGAGGCAGCAAGUGACCUUGUAACGAACCCUAACAGUGUGGCGCCCAGUGUAAACGGACAGUCGAAUAAUGCUGUUGCUCUGGGGGAAGCUGGUCAGGUCAAAGUGGAAAGUGCGGACUCUAGUGAUGGCAGGUCGUCACGUGCCAGUAGUGAAAUAAAAAUUAGGAUGGAGGAUGACUUGGAUGAAACCAGCCAAGGGUCACUCACAAUGGACAACAAGUUCUUGAAAAACGACCGGACGUACAGUAGUGAGUCGACCUCUGGCAAAGUGUACCUGAAGAAACUACCUGGCGACACCAAGCGUAGUCGCAAACUACACCUGCGUGUGCCCCAGCUCUCUACCUUCAGAAUAGGCAGGAAAACUAGCAAGAAGGACAUGCGAGUGACUAGUAUACUAGUACUACCCAGCUGGGAACUGAAAAUGUUGGCCAGGAAGGGCGGUCGCUACCACGUCGGCGGCUUCAGCCACAAUGCCAAGGCCAACAACGUGGUCUGGCCAUACCCGUGCCCUCGGCCGGUCUUCAAGACCACCUGGCAGUACCGCACGGCCAACAUGCCCACCCUAAACUCGGCCUCGAUGCAGCUGCGCAUCCUGUGGGUGUGUCUCCGCUGGGAUGACAUGCAGGAGAAGGGCCCCGGAGACGGCAGGAAGCAGAUCACCACAGAGAUGGAGAUCGUCCAGACGGAGAUACUCAAGCGGAAACACUCCGGACGAUUCUUGGAGAAGACUUCCUAUCUCCGACGCAAAGUUAUUAUUCCUUUUGAUGUUCCUAAGCCAGUCAGAGAAUUCACACCGUCCCAGCGGAGCGGGUUGAGGAAACGAAGACGUGCCCAGUCACCCGUGAACACUCAACCCCAGAGUAUUGAAGAAUGGGUCGACGAGGACAAGCUCGACCUGUGGGAGAUCCGCUUUUUUGGGGAGCGGCUGGAGCGGGCAGCAGUGGUGACCAAAAGGACAGUUGGGGAGCGGGGUGAGUCCAUCCAGACGGUGACGACGCAGGGUGCCUCGCCGGCCGAGAUCCGGGCCAGGAUGGAGGAGCAGCUCAAGAUCCAGCGGGCCAACUUUAACCAGAAGCGCGCGCUUGAGAACACACCUCUGGCCAAGGGCGGUAUCGUCAAACUGUCACUCUGUUCGGCUGCUACCCUGACCACAGCGUCAGGAGCCAAAUUGGCCCUACCAGCUGGUACUGGCACUAAGGUCGUUCAGGCUGGAGCGUCAACCAUCAUGGCCGUGAGUGGACCGAUCCCUACUAUAGUUUCCGGCAAGAAGAUAAUGGCCACGAGGGACGGCCGCAUCAUCACUGUGCAGACAACGUCGCCAGCAGCUGGUGGCAGCAGUGGAGCUGCAGCAGCGGCACAGCAGACAACGGGGAGCAGCGACAACAGUGGUAUCAGCCUUGGCAGCAGCACCAUCUUUCCCGUCAAUGCUGGGCCGAAGGUCCAUGUCACUACGCAGGGUAACAAGGUCAUAAGACUACAGGCCGUCGGCACGAGUGCUGGCCAGCGGAUGAUUCUUCCUCGUUCCACCAAUUCUGUGGCUCUUCAACCUCGCACUCCUCGUCCCGUGGUGCCAGCAACAGCAACUGCUGCAGCCACAACAAAUUCCUCGACUACUGCUGCAUCACCAACAACGCCAGCCACUCCCCGAGCUCCCAGUCAGCAGAUACAGAUUAUCAGACUACCGGAUGGCCAGUUGCAAGUCAGAGGCUUGUUUGAUGGCCAGCAACUGAUCCAGCGACCCGACGGCAAGUUCCAGCUCAUCAACACCAAGACGGCAAGUGUUACUAACUCAGCAGCAGCGGUGCCAGCGACAGCUCAGGGUGCCACACCCGCUAUUCAAGUGACACAGCAAACAAAAACUGUUGUUGCUGGUGGUGUCGGUGUUGCCAACGCCACCACGGACGGCAAUCAGAAGGUUGCAGUGGGGAGCGCCACUGGCAUACCUACCAGCCACGUUGUGAAAGUCAAUGGUCAACCCAUACUAUUAAAGCAAGGUAAUGACAGUAAACAUGUCGUCACAGUUGGUGCCAGCGAAGCCGCUGCUGUCUCGCCCUCAGUCAACUGUGGUCGACAGACAGCUACCGCUCCAGUCAGCCAGACCCCACCGAGAAUAAAGACCAUCUUGGCGCCCGAUGGCACUAUGGUGAAGACGGUGAUGACAAACAAUGCUGCUGUGCCUGCCACCACCGCGCCCAACAACACUACCAAUGCCACAGCUACUGAAGCCAAGAAGAUUGUCAACUCUCAGAGCAACUCGACGACUUCGGGAAGCAGCCUGACGCUUAGGGUGCAAGUACGCAUGACUGAACAAGGUCCCAAGACCAUCAUCCAGGGUCUGCAACCUGGAGUAGGUCUCACCAAGGACCACAUCAUGGCCAUACAGCAACAAGUACGCAACAUGUUGGGCCAAUACAAGUUACAAGUGAACCAGUUGUCACCAGUGAUGGCACUCACACUACACGUUCCCAACAAGUCGUCAUCGUCAGCACCAGCGGCAGCGCCAGAGACGCCAGAGCAGCCACUGUCGCCACAACGACCAGCGGCACCAACGCCUCAACAGAACUCAACCGUAGAAUGCGGCAGCAAGAGUCCAGCAGCGACGGCGGCGGGAGUGGAUGUAGCGGCGGAGGUGGACUCUCCACCGCCGGCGGUGCAGACCAGACAUGACAAGGUUCUGCCAUCCUCCCCGCCGCCGCCGCCAACAGUGGCGGCGGCGACUUCACCCAAGAAGUUUGUGUUGACACAAGAAUAUAUCCAACAAAGUAAGGCUGCAUCUGCUCUUGUUGCCACCUCCCUAGUUAACAAUGAGUUAGACAUCAUUAACAACUGGGCGUCUACACUGCAAACUGAAUUGCUUGUCAUCCUAAGGGUGUUAAAGCUAACUUAUGACACUGAGUUUGACUCUGUUAUCAUUACUGAUUCUAUGUCAUCAUUAAAGGCUCUUAAUUCAUAUAAUGACUCCAGCAACAUGCUUAUUGGAGAAGCCAGUGUGCCGGUGUUGUUCGCCUGGUCUGGCCAGCGUUGUUUGUCAGGUCUGGCCGACAUUGUUCACCAGGUCUGGCCAUGUCAUUUGACAGGUCAGGUGCAGCUUCAAAUAACGACUUAUUUAUUCCAGGAUGAUAACGAUUGGGACCCGGCGGUCAGCAAGGUGCCAGCGCUGGUGACUGUCACAGUGCCAAAACCCCGGCCCAAGAAGCCACGGUCGGAGCAGCGGCCCUCGGAGGCCGGCCGGGCCAGGAGGACAGCAGCAGUGAAGGCUGAGGCCGUGGACGCCAGGAAGAAGCAGGCUGUCCAGCACAAGCUGGAGUCCUUAAUGACCAGACACAAAGAACUGCUUAAGAAGGACAUUCUCAAGAAGAGAGCACAACUGGAGAAGGAAUUACAGGUGGAGAUACAUAAGGAAUUGUCAGUAGCACGACUACAGUUACAGUUACUGGAGAGAAGCAAGCCAGACACACCACACUCCUCACCCAUUGUCUCUCCUCGCAAGAAGAAGUCUGCGUCAGAAUCAUCAGCGACGCAGGUGUCUGGUGGUGGUGGUGGCAUGGUGCAGCUGGCGUCGGAGUCACCACAUGUGCCACAGCCAUCUCCGCCCCCGGACAACACCAUCAACUCCGCCAAGAGUCCGGUGUCCAUCAAGUCACCCACUUCAGCCAAGACAACGGCCAAGACAUCCUCCACCAAAAAGGCCUCCAAGAACAAAACAAAAAAAAUCGUCUGCAUCUGUCGGACGCAUUUUGACGACACCAAGUUUUACGUGGGUUGUGACCUGUGUGGUAACUGGUUCCAUGGUGACUGCGUGGGCAUCACCGAGGCCAUGAGCCGCAGCAUGACCGAGUACGUCUGUGAUGAUUGUGCCAAUGCUAAACUUAACAAGGAACUCUUCUGCUUCUGUCGACAGCCGUACGACGAGACACAGUUCUACAUUUGUUGUGAGCAGUGUGAGGACUGGUACCAUGGCAAGUGUGUGGGCAUCAUGCAGACAGAGGCAGAUGAUAUUGAUGAUUAUAUCUGUCCCAAGUGUGACUCCAACAAUGUCUGGAACUACCCAUGUCAGAAAACCCUCUCCUCCAAGGACUACACUGAACUUAAGAAAGUUACCAAGAGUCUUAUACAACACAAAAAUGCUUGGCCGUUCCUGGAGCCGGUGGACCCAUCAGAGGUCCCUGAUUACUACAAGGUGGUGAAGGAGCCCAUGGACCUCAAGACUGUGGAGAGCCGAGUUGAGGAGAGGUCAUACCGACGGCUGGCACAGUUCAUUGGCGACGUGAUGCUGGUCUUCGACAACUGUCGUCUCUACAACCCUCCCAACUCGUCGUUCUGCUCGUGUGCCGCCACACUAGAGUCUUUCUUCUGCCAGAGACUACGCAGUCUCAAACUUCGACUAGCACAGAAAUCUUAGUGCAGGUUUCCCAGUGAUAAUUCUUCCUGUAUAAAGCACAAGAUUUUUUAAAAUUAGAAGUUUAUUGACAUCUCUGAGUUUUACCUAUCCUGAGGUACGUAUCCCGUGGUAAUUAUGCUGUAGUACCUAUCCUCCGGUAGCUGUUCUGUGGUACCUAUGUUGCGGUAAUUCUGUGGUACCUGUCUUUUGGUGCCUGAUCUUUGGUACCUAUCCUGCAGUAAUUAUGGUGUGGUACCUGCUCUCGGUACCUGUAAUUUGGUACCUAUCCAUGUUACCUACCUAUGGUACUUACCUGUGGUACCUACCCAUGGUAAGAAUCAGUCAUAACAGACAGCAGCAGGAACAAGAGCUUGACGGAUCACUUCCAGCAUGAUGACGGGUAGAGUGGACAGUCAACCUCACAAUUUGCAACUGAAAUGCAGCGAUGCUUUGGUCCCUUGUAGACCAAAGUGCUUGCCAGACAAUGAUCCAGGAUGGACCGCAACCCCCUCUAUCAUUUCCACUUCAGUCUGUUAGUCAGGCAUUGUGUAAGCCACGGUAUUGUGUCAGUCAUGCAUUAUGUCAGCUGUGGUAUUGUCAGCCAUGCAUUGUGUCAGUCAUGCACUGUGUCAGUUAUGGUACUGUCAGCCACAGUAUUGUCAGCCACAGUAUUGUGACAACCACAGUAUUGCAUCAGCCCUGGUAUUGCGACAGCCACAGUAUUGUGACAGCCGUGGUAUUGCGACAGCCAUUGUAUUGAGACAGCCACGGUAUUGUGACAGCCGUGGUAUUGCAACAGCCACAGUAGUGUGACAGCCACAGUAUUGUGUCAGCCAUAAUAUUGUGUCAUCCACAGUGUUGUAUCAGCCAUGGUAUUGUGUCAGCCACAGUAUCGUACCAGCCAUGGUAUCAUGUCAGCCACGGUAUUGUGUCAGCCACAGUAUCAUACCAGCUAUGGUAUUGUGUGACUUUUGUUCUACAAAUCGAGAAGAGAAUUUUGCAUGCGAGUUAUUAUAUCAUACUGAUAAAUUAUAUUUGGCAAUAUUAUCAAUUGUCACCUAGAAUAAUAUCAUUAUAGAUGUAUCAGAGUAUGUUAAGAUAUUUUCUUAAAAUUUGUAUUUUGUGAAAAUUAUAUACAUAUAUAUACUGUAUAUAAGGUUAGAGAAGUGGGUCAAGUAUCAAAAAUAAAAAAGGAAUAAUUGAAGUAGGAUCUUCCUCGCCGAUGAUUGUCUUUUGUUAAGACUAAAAGUUAACUUAUUGCAUCUUGUUGAUUAUUUUAAUGUUUCAUCAGUCAACCCUCCUGUAAGGCUCCUCUCUAUACACACUGUGAUUUUAUAAAUUUUUUGUGGAUGCAGUCGACCGCGUGUAUUGGACUUGGUAUGUGCUGUAAGCUCUCUUAUAAAAGUCUUGUGUAUUAAGACAGGUCUUGAUUACUGUCAUCACAAUUAGGGCCAACUUUGAUUUAGUGCGAAAUUAAUGGUAGUUCCCGUGUCCCCCUAAAUAGUGCAAUAACUUCACUGGAUUUAAUAUUGACACAAGUCGAGACCUGGCGGUGAUGUGAUUCAUUUAUCACUUCCUUUGAAAACAUCGAUGCAAAAUUAUCAACUUUUUCACUUGUCUGAAAAAAAAUCAUAUGGAAAGUCUAUAAAAAUCUAAAUUGUUAUUGCACAUUUCAGAGUUGGAGGCAUUUUCUGACUUUCUUUUUUAGCUAAAAUACAUAAAUUAUCAGAUUUUUAAUCAGUAUAUAAGAGAAGGUUCGCAAGACCAGACUGCUCUAUGAAUGUUAUCAUCAGUCAUUUAGUUGUGCAUGAAUUUUCUUAGUGACAUUUAGAGGAAGUCUUGCUGAGUGGAAGAGUUUUAUAAGAGAGUUGACUGCAUGUUGGACAGGGAGGACAGCAGUGAGGGGGAACUGGGUAUACCUGGGGCCAGUACAAGCAAGGUCCAUCUACCCUAGUGGAAGGUGGUCAGCCGGUGUAGUGUUGUGGUGUGAGGUACUCUGAAGGUAACAGUGAGAUGGGCACCAGUUAACCUGUUAAUGGUGUGUAGGGGACUAUGGUUGAUCAUUAUUGAGCACUGUAGUGUGAGUGGUGAGUUGUUACAUCCUUGUUAAUGACCCCUAGUAUGCUGCCGGUGUAUACAUAUACACUCAUUCUGAAUGGUUGUACCAUACAAUGCAACUCUAGAAAUGGGGAAAAUGGUUGGCAGCCAUUUCUCCACUUUGUCACCAAACACGAUACACCAUACUGGAUAUACAUAUGUAUACAAGGCCACGACACCUGGUGGUAAUGUAUUAAUGUUGAAGGUUUUUGAACAGUGAGGAGUAACAAGUUCUGCUGACGGGUUAUCACAGAGGUCAGCUUAAUCCCGGCUAAAUUUAAAACUACCAUUGCCAAAAUUGGUGCACGUAGAGCAAUGGAUGUCAGGCCUGGUGUGUGACACUGCCCCUGUGAGGGUCACACUAAGUCUGGCACAUGGAGACUCGUUACACAGUAACGACAGUUCUAUCGUUCAUAAAACACAUCUCCCGGACUCUCUCACUCUGGGUUUGUUGCUCUGAUCCUCUAGCCACACCUUUGUACCUUAUAAAAUAAAGAAAUUUCUUUAUUAUUAAUACUACUAAUAUUUUGUUGACUUUGAGAGUAAUAAUGCUGAUAAAAUGUGACAUUCUGUUAAGAAAGUUGUUAAGUGCAUUAUUGCAGGCAGUAUUUCUGCACUGUGUACAUUAAUAUUUAUGCAACAUAUGUACAUAAUUUGUAUGCUUGUGAAUGUACAUAGUUCUUGAGAAUAUAUAGGUACUCUGCAUUGUACAGACUAUUUUUACUGCUAUCAUAUCAUGAGAUCAACAUGCGUAAUAAUGUAGUCUGUAGAGACGCGUGUUAGUCGUCCGGCGUUGCUUGUCGGUCGUCCAGUUAUUGCGUCAAUUUCUUCGGCCUCGAGCAUUGCCCUUGUCACAUUCCUUUUGUAUAUAAAGUUUCAAGAGUUGGUCAUCGCCGCACAAAUCAUUUACAAGCCGAUUGAUGAAUCUGUACGCGAUCGAUACGAAGCGUCGCCGUGCGGCCGGACUCGACGUCUGGACUGCAGUGAACGAUGCCUUUAUAUCCAUAAAAAUAAUUUUAAGCGUUUUUUACGCAAGUAACUAUCGUAUUAAGGAAUUAUUACCACAGUUAAAACGUGGAGUGGAUGGUGACUGUCAACAGUGUUCCCUGAGUUUGAACGACGGCCUCAAGUGUACGACAAUAAACGGGACAUUUGAACCUGUUACUGCUUGACAGCCGAUACGAACUUAAUGUACAAAGAGAGUAAAGUUACUUGUAAGUUCAUGAUAGAACCUUUAGCUUAAGGUCAAGAGAAGCUGACUUUGAACUCAACGCUGAUGGAUCUUAUAGCAGUGUUGUCACAGGUGUUGACAGUACUUGUGACACUUGUAAUUCUUUUGCUUCAAGUGAUUGUCCACUGACGAGUGUGAAUACUUUAGGAGAGUCAUUUACUUAGUUGUAAAUGUGAACGUGGUUCAGCGAGAAAGUUGGGGUUAUCUGGUAACUGUUCACAGUCAGUCGUUAGCGGUGACCAGGUCAUCGUCAGUAAUGAUACACAGUUGUUGGUCAUUUACAGACCAGUAAUUACACUGAAGUCAUCACCACUAACAACACUUGGUCGUUGGUCGUUAAUGAUUAUUUUCAUGUAGUGAAUCUGACGGCUGGAAGCACUGAUGGAUAUUUCCAAGAGUUCUAUUAUUAUUUCUUGACCACACAGUAGUGUGUGUACAGUGAUUGUGGUACAUGUGUGUACUGUGAUGUGUGUACACUGGUAUUACACUCUAUACACUGGUCUGGAAAGAGCUUCAAGUAGUGGAUGUCCAAGGGCAUUGAAUACACACCGGGCACUGUGUACAGGGCAGAGUGUACACAAGGACGAGUAAACUGAGGAUACUCGAUGUGUACACUAAGACUUGCAGAACCCUUAAAGGAAGAGAGGGUGCACGCAUACACAUGUAGAUUACUAGGUUGCCAAGACGUACAUAGGUCUUCACAAACUCUCAGUUAAGUACAAAAUUUCCCACAGUGAAGACAUCCAACAUUAAUGUUCAUAUUUGUAAAGAUAAUUUGUAAUAAAAAGUUUGUUUUAUAAAAGUCAAGUAUUGUAA